AUGGAGUCCAACGGACAGAAUGCGCCCGAUGGGUCCUCCCUGAAGCCAGUCUCGUCCCUGCGGUCGCACUUCGAGAACAUGGGCAAGUCGAAGGAAGCCUCUCCAGCAGCUCAGCCUUCACGAAACCAGUCGCCGUCCCCGAAACCGCCGCCAAUACCAGAUACGAGACCUUCUCGAAACAUGAGCACUGGACAGACCUACAAUGAUGGGAAGGGGAAGCUACAGCUGCCGAACCCGGCCGAUCUCACUCAAGCAGCUCGAUCUGCGCAAAUCUUGAACCCGCCGCCAUUGAGCCCAAAACCCAUCAGGCCGCCCGCCGUCCUGAUCGAUCCACCGCAGUCGCCGCCAAAGGGGAGAAUGUUUCCCUCACCGAUAGGAGACACAGGUGCGCAUCUCAAUCCCGACCCUUCGAAGGCUCCCGGGAUGCCUUCCGCAAGUUCGCCGCGAGCUUUCAAGAUCGCCAGCCGUCCGAAUACCCCUAUACUCGAGGCUGCCCGAUCCCCUCGACUCUCCGCUUCUCAGCCUCCGUCACCCCCACCGCCGCGAAGGUCUGGCGAGUUAAGAAGAGAUCGCGAGACGCGGCCAACCCCCGCUGUCCCUCCGCCAGUGAACCGGGCCGAAAAGCCUAGCAACCGACUGUCCUUUCUGAUGGAUUACGCCCCAAGGUUAGAGUCAAUACCUCGAAUAGAAGAGAGACGUUCGCCAUUCAAUAGUCCGACUACCAGCGCCAGCAGCCCUGAAACCGAAGAGCCGCCAGCACUUCCGAGUCGACCAGCGCGUUCUACGCCUCAGAAGUUCCGUGAACCCCCCAGACGAAUUGUCCCGAACGAAAGAAGCGCAAUCAGCGAAACUCCUGGCACAAGUUCUGGCGGCCCUACGCAGGUAACAACCUCGUACCCCGACUCGUCAAAGGUGAAUCGACGACCGCCUGUCCUAAAACAGGGCGUUCAUGAAAUAUAUACGAAGUAUGACACGAGGAUAUUCGACGUUUGUGGUCAAUACGUGUGUACGAGCGGUCACCUCACUCGGGUUUGGAGUCUUCUAGAUGGCGAGCUCGUUAUGAGCUUUGCUCACGGAGAAGGCGUUAAAGCCACCGCCGUAGCAUUCAAACCGGGCAUAGAUGUCCACGAGGAAGGGGCAAGGCUUUGGAUUGGUAACAAUAUUGGCGAAGUCAUGGAAGCCGACAUCGCCACCCAGUCCAUUGUCGGCAAUAAGACCAAUGUUCAUGGGCGAUUUGAGGUUGCCAAGAUAUUUAGGCAUUUCAGCGAGAUGUGGACGUUGGACGAGGGUGGCACCUUGCACGUUUGGGGCCCCGACAGCGAAGGGCUUCCCAACUUGAAAAUUAGUCCUCACCAAACCUACAGAUUACCAAAAGGGCACACCUUUUCGAUGAUAGUCGGCGAAGAACUAUGGCACGCGACCGGCAAGGAGAUUCGGAUAUUUACGCCGACGGCAGAUGGCAGAAAGCAAGUGCAGGUUCUCAUGCGACCCCUGAUAGCCGAAGGAACAGGUGAAGUGACAUCAGGGACCGUCCUCAAGUCGCAGCCUGGCAAGGUAUUCUUCGGCCAUGUCGAUGGCAAAGUCAGCAUCUUUUCUCAAAAGGACUUCGCCUGCCUCGGUGUGCUCAGCAUCAGCACUUACAAGAUCAAUUCGCUGGCUGGGGUCGGUAAUUGUAUUUGGACAGGGUACAACACUGGGAGAAUAUGCGUCUACGACGUAGACAAGUCUCCAUGGGUUGUCAAGAAAGAGUGGCAAGCUCACGAUAAUCCGGUGACCAAGAUCAUCGCAGACUGUGUGAGUUUCUACACGCUCGAGCGUCAACAAGUUGUUUCGCUCGGUGCGGACAACAUAAUUCGGUCGUGGGAUGGUCUGCUGCAAGACGACUUCCUCGAGAACGAGAUGAAGUCGCAUGACGCUCAGUACUGCAAAUUCGAAGACAUCAAUGUCUUGGCCCUGACUUGGAACGCGGGUGCCUCCACACCAAACAGCCUGAGGUACUCCGAGUCCGAUGCCGUCUUCAUACAAAAUCUCCUGCAAUCGAGCGAAAGUCCGGAUAUCCUUGUUUUUGGAUUCCAAGAGUUGGUAGACCUAGAGGACAAGUCCGCUACUGCGAAGCGUCUGUUCAAGUCGAAGAAGAAGGAUCAUGCGACAGACCAGGAACGGAUGGGCCAUCAAUAUCGAGACUGGAGAGACUUUCUAGUCAGGUGUCUCGACGACUACAUGCCCGCCGAUCACCUGUACCACCUUCUCCACACAGGGACACUCGUAGGGCUCUUUACCUGCAUCUUUGUAAAAUCGACGCUUCGUGAUCGCGUGCGGAACCUCAACACCGCCGAUAUCAAACGUGGCAUGGGUGGCCUACAUGGCAACAAGGGUGCGAUCAUUGUGCGCUUCAUGAUAGAUGACACAUCGCUCUGCUUCAUCAACUGUCAUCUUGCAGCUGGACAAGCCCACGCAAAUCACCGUCACAACGAUAUAGCGGCUAUCAUGGAAAGCGCCGUCCUACCAGUCGAGCGUGAUCCCAGUGUUCGGAUCGACAGUUAUACCGGUGGUGGUGACGGGUCUAUGGUACUUGACCAUGAGCUGUGCCUCCUCAACGGAGACCUCAACUAUCGUAUCGACACCAUGUCGCGUGACACAGUGGUCCUCGCGGUGAGGUCUAACAACCUUGCGAAGCUCCUGGACCGAGACCAGCUCUUAGUGGCCCGGAGGAGGAACCCAGCCUUCAAGCUUCGAGCUUUCGAUGAGAUGCCGAUUCAAUUCGCGCCUACUUAUAAAUACGAUGUCGGGACGGACAACUACGACAGCAGUGACAAGAAGCGCUCCCCGGCGUGGUGUGACCGCCUCCUUCACCGAGGUUCUGGCAGGAUACAGCAACUUGAUUACAAGCGCCACGAAGUCCGGGUGUCUGACCACAGGCCCGUGACUGGCCAGUUCAAGUACACGAUCAAGUCUGUAUCGCCCAAGAAACGUACAAUGACUUGGACAGACUGCCAGCAACGUUUCGAGAACCUCAGGGAGAAGGAGGCACAUGAGGAGAAGCUCUACUAUCUCAUGAACGUACUUGGAUACGAUGCGACGACAAGCAAUAGCCUCAUCCAGGAGCGUGCAGCCAGAAAAGCACAUCGAAGCCCGAGUCGACACAGGGAAUAG